AUGGGCGAUACAGAACAGUCGAUCGAUGCCAAUGUGAUGGGAUCAAAUAAACGGAAGAAUGCGGUGAAAGAAAAGCCUUCAGCUUCGCCAUGCGGCUCUUCAAGCUCCGGAGAAAUUAGGGAUGACAGCGAUGGUGAAACUGAAGAUGUUGCUCGUGUAGCUCAACCGGAAGCUACGAAAAAUGGUUUUAUUGAAUAUCGUAGAAGGGAAGUUGAAAGAGAUUUCCACGUUAGUCGAGAACGUGAUGUCUCACAACAGUUUGAUCCAGAUAAUGAUUAUCGGCAUCCACAUUUAUCACCUGAACAAAUUUGCCUUCGCGUACGAAAAAUUCCAGCACCGGAUGUGCUGGUAGAACUUAGUGAUGUAGGCCUGCGUCAUUUGUUAUGCGACGUGCACGAAUUGGAUCGGGAGCAAAUUCGACUUUCCAACAAUCGUCGAAAAUUAUUGGAACAAAUGCGUCAGAUGCAUAAGCAAGAAAUAGGAUCGUUGCGAGAAUGUAUGGAAACAUUAAAGAGAUUGAUGAAUGAGCGUGGAAUGAAUUUACUGGCCACACAUAUUGGACAGGAUGUCAUGGAGUUUCUGCAUGAAAAAGAUCAAACUUUCAAUGCAGGAAAUAUGCCAUUGUCGACGAAGAUGCAGGCUCCGUCAUCAGAACCAUGCCGUGGUUCUUACGGUGUUUUUCCGAAGACUCAGAGCUUUGCACAGAAUUCGCUACCACCUAGACCACAUUUCGUUCCAGAGCGCUCCGGUGCUUUCACUUAUCCUCCAGUUGCAUCAACAGUUCCUGCACCAUUCAUUCUACCACCUCCAGAUUUCUCAGUUCCGCCACCAUUUCCAGCACACACACUGCAAGGAAAUGAUCAAGCAUUCGAGUGCCCUGGCACAUCGGCAAUUAACGCUCGUGAUGUCUCGGUAACUUCAUCAAUGAGCGCGCCUUCGUUAUGCGGUCCAGUUAUUGAAUCAGGAGCUCAGAAUCCAUUGAGAAAUAUGGCUUUAGUAAAUACAAAUGAACGGGCUAUAGAAAUUGCAAGCGCAUCGGACAGUCAUAUUCCACCUAACGGUACCGUAGGACCAGAAAAAAUUGGAAGACUGGGAUUUCGGCCAAAAAUAAAUCGUGAACUGGAUCAUCCAGGUAUGUUAUCAGGAAUUGCUCAACAACCGCCACAGCCACCAAUGAUGGGGAUGAUGAGAGCACAGCAACGUUUCGGGAUGCCACUAUUUCGUGAUAGUGUACCAAUUAUCGAUGGCAGUCGCGGUGCACCAUUUAUGGAUGAACGUGGAUUGCAAUUUCCGAAUAGCAGGAUUGUUUCGUUAUAUGAUGAUGGUCGAUUACCAUUUCAUGAAUAUGAACAUCCACAAGGUGAUGAAGCCAUCCGAAUUCGGCACGUGUGGAGCACACGGCCAUCAAUUACUCAGAGGAGGAUGUUGCAACCGGGAGUUUUCCGUGAUCGAAAGAGUCAGCGUGCUGUAGUUGGUGUGUCUGCUGGACGGACUUAUGGGGUGGAAAUACGUGACCGUUCGCGUUCUCCACGCGCUGGUUCAAAGUCGUUAAUUGCAAAUAGCAGUGAAACUGGUGCUACUACCACAACUACGCCAAAUGUUAAUGCAACUCAUGUGUCGUCAAAUAAUGACGUAGAAGAAAAUGUAAUAUUAGUUGAUGAAAACAGGGAACCAGGGACCGAUAAAAUUAGCCAAUGUUAA